AUGACAAUAACAAGUCCAGUAAUUAAAACGCCACCAUUAAAUUCAGAGAUUAGACUUGAAUCAAAUUUAACAGUUGAAUCAGGUGAUAUUGAAAUUAAUGAAAAAGAUAUUGUAAAUGCAUCGGAAGUAAUAGUAAUUUUAGAUGCAGGAUCGCAAUAUAGUAAAGUGAUUGAUAGAAGAGUUAGAGAAUUAAAUGUUGCAUCAGAAAUUCAUCCAUUAAAUAUAGAUUUAUUAGAAUUAAUUAAGAUUAAAUCAAAAUCAGGAUCAACUAUUAAAGGUAUAAUUAUCUCUGGUGGUCCAGAGAGUGUCUAUGGUGAGAAUGCACCAAAAUUCGAUAAAUCAUUAUUCUCUGAGAAAUUAAAUUUACCAAUAUUUGGUAUUUGUUAUGGUAUGCAAUUAAUGAAUUAUAUAUUUGGUGGAAAGGUUGAAAGUAAUUCACAACGUGAAGAUGGUGUGCACAAUAUUGAGAUUUUAAAAGAUGAAAAUCAACAACUUGUUUCAAAACUAUUUAAAAAUUUAAAUCAAACCGAGCAAGUUUUAUUAACACAUGGUGAUAGUGUUACAAAGAUUGCAGAUGGAUUUAAAAUCAUUUGUAAAUCAGACGAUGGUAUUGUAUCAGGUAUUGAGAAUGAAAGAUUGGGCUAUUAUGGCGUGCAAUUCCAUCCAGAGGUUGAUUUAACUACCAACGGUAAGAAAAUGUUUUCAAACUUUUUAAUUGACAUUUGUGGUUGUAGUGCAAAUUAUACAUUGGAUGAUCGUGAACAACAAGCAAUCACCUAUAUCAAAUCUAUAGUUUCAAAUAAAAAAGUAUUGGUUUUAGUAUCGGGUGGUGUAGAUUCAACAGUUUGUGCAGCAUUAAUUUCAAAAGCAAUUGGUCCUGAAAAUGUUAUUGCAUUACAUAUUGAUAAUGGUUUCAUGAGAAAAGAUGAGAGUUUAAAUGUUGAAAAGGCAUUAUCAGUAUUGGGUCUACAUUUGAUUGUUGUUGACGCAUCUCAAACAUUUUAUAAUUCAACCACCACUAUCAAAGGCCAUUUAACCUCAUCGUUGAAAGAAACAAUAUCACCAGAAGAAAGAAGAAAAAUCAUUGGUGAUACUUUUAUGAGAGUUGCAGAGAAUGAAGUUAAGAAAUUAGGUUUACAACCAGAGGAUGUUUAUUUAGCCCAGGGUACACUUCGUCCAGAUUUAAUUGAAUCUUCAAGUAAAACAGUUAGUGGUGUUGCCGAUGUUAUUAAAACUCAUCAUAAUGAUACAGAAUUGGUUAGAAUCCUUAGAGAUUCAGGUAGAGUAGUUGAGCCAUUAAAAGAUUAUCAUAAAGAUGAAGUUAGAGAAUUAGGUAAAUCAUUAGGUCUUUCAGAUUCUUUGGUAUGGCGUCAACCUUUCCCUGGCCCAGGUUUAGCAAUUCGUAUCAUUUGUGCUGAUGAACCUUAUCUAGUGAAUUAUGAUUUUACAAAUAAUGUCGUGCAAUAUUUAGUAACCGGUGAAGCUUCCUCAGAGUUGGAAUCAGAAGUUAAAAUUAAAAUUGAUAAACAAUUAACAGAGAUGAAAUGUAAACGUCAAGAUAAAAUUACAAUUAAACCAGUUUUAUUACCAAUUCAAACUGUUGGUGUUCAAGGUGAUGGUAGAACUUAUUCUUAUUUAUUAGGUCUUUAUAGUUCAGAGAAUUCAACAAUCGACCAAAUUCCUUGGUCUUAUAUUUUCAAUUUAGCUAGAACUAUACCAAAGAUUUGUCAUAAUAUAAAUAGAGUGGUUUUCAUUUUCUCUCAAAAUGCUACUAAACAUACAAAUAUUAAAGUUUCAAAUGAACCAGUUAAACAUAUCACACCAACUCGUUUAACUCCUGAUGUUAUUAAACAACUUCAACAUGCUGAUUCAAUAGUUUCAGAACAACUCUAUAAAUAUAAUUUAAUUAAAUCACUAUCCCAAGUUCCCGUUGUAUCAUUACCAAUAGAUUUCGGUGUUACAGGUAAUAGAUCAAUCGCAAUUCGUACUUUUAUUACAAAUGAUUUCAUGACUGGUGUUCCUGCGAUUCCUGGUAAAAAUAUUAGUUUCGAUUGUUUACAAGAAAUUACAAAUAAUAUUUUAACUUCUGUAAAUGGUAUUUCAAAAGUUUUAUUUGAUUGUACUUCAAAACCACCUGGUACUACUGAAUUCUUAUAA